UCUCUCUCUCUGUCUUUCUCUCUAUCUCGCUAUCUCUCUCGUUUCCUCUUUCCUCUUCUUAAACCCCAUCCUCUCGCUCCCCAAAACACCCCGCACUCUCCUUCGACCCCUCUCCACAUCUUGUGUUAUUCACCAUGGUCAUGGUCGCGUACAUCGCCGCCAUCUUCGCGCUCCUGCAGCUGGCUGCAGCCGCCGCAAUCCCCCACCACCCCCACCACCCCCGGCACCCUCGUGCAGCGCACGAGAAGCGCCAGGACAACGCCUACCACGCUGUCCACCUCCCCCUCCUUUCGUACAACCACCGCAUCUACGACCCCGCCUAUCUCAUGCUGAGCAUGAAGCUUCCUGCCAUCCUCGGACGUGCCAUCCAAAUUACCCACAAGUCGUGGGAGAUUGGCACCCUCACACAGGCCCUUCUCGAGGUCUACAACCCCCGCCUUGCGCCGUGGGCAUACAGCGACGCAUCGUUCCACAGCGCCCUCGACCGGCGCACCACCACGCCGAUUGAGGCCGCCCGCGUCGCCGCCGGCUUCCUCGUCAACUACGACUUUUCUGGCGCCCCCGCUUCGGGCGAUGUCGACGCCAUCCUUCUUAACGGCACGCCGCGGGCGCUUGUCGACGGCGCCGGCUCGCUCGGCGACCCGUGUGCCCUCGGCACCGCGACUUGGGUUCUGGCGCACUUCGCCGAUAGCCUCGCCAACACCGGCACCCCGCUCGCCACGAACGAGCAGUAUGCCUGGGCCGUCGGAAACCAGCUCGCGUACCUCCAAGCCGGGCCGCGCUCGGAGAACGGCACGAUUUCGCAGCGCGAGGACCACUUCGAGCUCUGGGCCGACCAGGGAUACAUGAUUCCGCCGUUCCUCGCAUACCUCGGGCUGACGACGAACAACACGCAGCUGCUCGAGCAAGCGCUCGACCAGUGGCUGCUCGUGUCGUCCGCGCUGCUCGACACGAACCACAACCUCUACCGCCACUUGAACACGUGGGACACGCGCUUCUGGGCCACCGGCAACGGAUGGAUGCUCGCGGGCCUCAUGCGCGUCCUCGGCAGCAUUGAGGCGGCCGGCGGCGGGCUGGACGCCAAAGUGCGUGAGGCGGAGGCCAUCGCUGCGCGUGUCUUCCAAGCCCUCUUCGACCGUCUUGACGGCGGGCGCAUCCCCAACUACAUGGGCGCGGAGACUGACCCGCGCUACACCGCCGGCGACAGCGCCGGCACCGCCGCCGUCGUCGGCGCCUUCUACCGCUUCCUGGUGAUGCGCCCCGACCUUGCCGGGCCCAUGAAGGGCGCGGCGGAGCAGGCCUUCGCUGCCGUCGUGGACAAGAUCGACACGGACGCCUGGCUCACCGCCGUCGUCGACCCGCAGGGCACGAACGGCUUCCUCGUCUACCCCGACCAGAACACGCGCUCGCCCGAGGGCCAGUCCCUCCUCGCUGUCAUGUGGGCUGCGCGCACUGCUGCUGGCCAGUAGUGACAUUCUCAUUUUUGUUUCUCCGCGCCGGCGCGCGCCUUGUAUUGAUUACCGGGCUUUAGUGUAUGCAAGCAUGCGCUUCUUCCUGUG